AUGAACUCCUUUAAUGUUGGUGACAAGAUUGAGGGUCUGGACGAGUUCGGUGUGUGGGCAAAAGCAACGAUUGUUGGCAUACUAGAUAGUGAGAAUUUCCGUGUCUCGUUUGAUGGUUUCGGAAGCAUGUGGGAUAGGAUAACGAGCAAAGAAAAUAGCCGACCAGAAACCGUAAUUGAGCUAGCUUCCAAAGAAAAGAUCUAGACAACCACAAAUCGUACGUUUGAAAGUUUCAUUCCUUGUUAUUUGCCCAAGAUCAAUUAUUGUGCUGUUUUCAGAUAGCCACAUGGCCACUAUGUGUUCUGCUAUGUUGAAUUACUGAAUAGACAUAUAAACUUUAUUGAGGAAUUCCCUACUAGGCUUUUCAAUGUCAUUACAGUUUAAAAAUUUAAAAAGAUAUAGACAGCUUAGAAUAUUAAUUACUUCUACAUAUAAGUUUCCUGAUAAAUAGUUUUUGAUUUUAACUCAGUCUUGAAUUUGCCUGAGAGAUAUUGCCUGUUUAAUGUUAUCAUCAAGCUAAACUAGUCUAUAGUGAUAGUUUGAAACUGUCUGACUUUUUUAUAGCAUGACAAUUUGAGACGACUGCAAAGUGGCGACAAAACUUUUAUUCUCAAUGCUGGGGAAGUGACAGUUGUCCAAGUGGAUCCGAUAAGAGGAAAGCUUAUUGUAAGUACACUGCUAUAUAGCCUAUAUUCGAAUAAAAAGUAUUCUGUUACUAUUAAUAAAUAAACUUUAAUUUCUCAAACCAUAGGUAACAGAUUUUAUCCAAAUCGAUAUCAACUAAUUAUUUGAAUCAUAAAUGGAACACACAAUUGACAAGGGCUGCUUGCACUGUCGGCCGAUAUUGUAGAUAGCCAAUGGCCGGUAUUGAUAAAUAGAUUUAUUAUGUAGAAUCACUGAUAAUCAGCCCUGCCAAUAUUUUAUGACUAAAGUACACCGGAACACCAUGGUUACUUUACAUAAAUUUAAUUCAGUUUAUACUUAAAGAAAGCUAAAUGUUUCCUUCUUGUUAAUGUCAAUGUUUUUGCUGAUUAGGUUGAACUGGAAGAUGGUGAAAAGAAAGAAGUGAGAAAUCAUGAACUUUGCUCUCCACAGGUUGAACUGGGAGAUGGUGAAAAGAAAGCAGUGAGAAAUCAUGAACUUUGCUCUCCACCUGUACCCAUUGCCAGCACCACCUCCAAGCUACAAGGAAAUGAAGAAAAAUGCAAGGCCAAGAAAAGGAAAAUACAGGUCAAAGAAAAAGACAAUGAGGAACUGGUGCCAGCCACUGAUUUGUGCCAAACAGAAGAAGGUGCAGAUAAAGAGGGACAAACCGGAACUGAACUUAACUGUUUAUUUGUUUACUUUCUUCGAGAGGAUGGUAUGUGGCUAAGGAUAGGAGAUGUUGUUUCUGUUGAAGGUGUAGGAUUACCAUUUAUUAUUUUUAGGAUGUUUUCUCUAGAUGGUUGCAUCACUGUUAAAUUAGUUAAGAUUCAUAACUCGGGUUUAAGGGAGGAUUUUGUCAUUACUUGUAGUGUUAGUUAUGUUGUUGAUUAUGUCGGAGAGAAGGUCAGUUUGAAGGGUUCGGUCCAAGAGAAGGUGGAACAGAGUGCAUUUGUGGAGUUUUGUAAUUUUAUGUUGUCUGGUGUUGAUAGUAGUGUCAAGGUUAAAACGAGGAAACUAGUUUUAGGUCAUGCUAUGCGUGUUGGGUUGCAAGGAGGUUUUGGAAAUCUAGUUGUAUGA